GCCAUGAAAACGAUGCCACAAAGAAGAAGUGGAGAGCCGAGGAGCUGACAGUCGGAUGGGUUCGUGGUGAGCUCCAUCCAAACUAGUAGCAGGCCAUACGCUUGAAGAAACAGUCUUUUUCUAUCCAUAUAAAUGUAUUCUUCGCGAUAGAUAUGACGGAAAUGUUUUCAACUCUGUUCGGGCAAAAUGAAGCCCAGGGACCGCCCGGCUCGUCGGCUCUGGGGUUCGGACCGGGGAAGCCUCCGCCGCCGCUGCCCCAAAAUCAAGUCUCUAUGACGGGGCAGAUGCCACCGCAGCUCGGGGAUGAAGGGCCUGCGCUGCGGAAGCCCGGAGCCAUGAAUGAACCUUUCUACUUACUGCGGGAGCUUCCUGUUGGAAACGAGUUAACGGGAAACACCAACCUCAUCACGCACUACAACCUGGAGCACGCCUACAACAAAUUCUGUGGAAAGAAGGUGAAGGAGAAGCUCAGCAACUUUCUGCCAGAGUUACCAGGUAUGAUUGACUGUCCGGGCACUCAAGACGGCAGCUCGUUGCGGUCUCUGAUCGAUAAGCCCCCAGUGUGUGGGAAUUCCUUCAGCCCUUUGACCGGCGCUCUGCUCACAGGCUUCAGACUACACACAGGACCGCUCCCAGAACAGUACAGACUGAUGCACAUACAGCCCCCAAAGAAGAAGAGCAAACACAAGCACAAACACCAUCGGCCACAGGACCCAUUACCACAAGAAACUCCAUCAGACUCUGAUCCCAAGAAGAAGAAGAAAAAGAGGGACGACGAUCCCGACCGCAAGAAAAAGAAGAAAGACAAGAAAAAGAAGAAGAACCGCCACAGUCCUGACCAUCCCGGCCUCGCUGGAUCACAACCCAACAGCAACAGCCUCAGAUAGACAGCAGCCCACUGUGUGCACGCCUGUGGUUGAAUGUGUGUGUGUGGCUGUGCAUUUUGUAAGAGGAUGCAUGUGUGUAUUUUACAGAUAAUUGUAUUAUAGGGAGUAUGUUUGAUGAGAGAGGGGAUGAAUAAAAUAAUGCAAAUGGUUGUAUGAUUUAUGUGUGCAUGCGUGAGUGAUUGUGGUAAGAGAUGUUACAGAACAGUGUAAAAGGCCGCUGAUGGGCUGUGUGGUGUUACGAAUGACUGAGCAGGCACUGUAUGUAUGUCCCUCUUUUAUUUUGUUGUGAGAUCUUUUGACCAGAAUGCCAAAAUCAAAUAAACUUUGAUUAUUA